AUGGUCAAAGAUACCGAGUAUUAUGACGUCCUUGGAAUUGAGCCAACGGCUACGGCUUUGGAAAUCAAAAAAGCCUACCGUAAGAAGGCGAUGUUGACUCAUCCUGACAAGCACCCAAAUGAUCCCGAUGCAGCUAGUAAAUUCCAAGCGGUUGGUGAAGCCUAUCAGGUUCUGAGUGAUCCCUCAUUGAGAUCAAGAUAUGAUCAAUUUGGUAAAGACGAUGCAGUUCCACAACAAGGCUUCGAAGAUGCCUCGGAGUAUUUCAGCGCAAUUUUCGGCGGUGACGGUUUCAAGGAUUGGAUUGGUGAGUUUACGAUGCUUGAGGGUUUGAAUGAAGUUGAUGCAGAGACGGAACCAGUUAAAACGGAAAACGGCGAGCAAUCUUCAUCAACGGAGCUCGCUGGUGCAGGCUCCGUAGCGUCCAAGAAUGAUGAGGCUAAGUUGGAUAAAAAACUCUCAAAAGCGCAGAAAGAAAAGAUGUAUGAGAUGGAGAAGAAAAGACGUGAAGAAAUCAAGAUUCAAGUCAAUGAGCUGGCUAAAAAGUUGAAUGGACGUUUGCAAUCAUAUAUCUUGGCAUCAAAGGAUAAUCGUUUGGAUGAGUUCACUAGCAAAUUGGACCAAGAGAUUGAAGAAAUGAAGCUGGAAAGCUUCGGACUUGAACUCUUGCAUUGUUUGGCAAAGUGCUAUAAAACAAAGGCAAAUAAUUUUAUAUUGUCCAAGAAGACACAUGGUAUUUCCAAACUUUACACUGGUGUUCGUGACAAUGCGAGAAAUGCAAAAUCUGUUUAUAGUCUUCUUUCUACAGGUAUGGAUGCUUAUAAAGCAAUGGAACAGAUGAACGAAACAAAUCUCGAUGAAAUGGAAGAAUAUGAACGAGCUAAAUUUGAGUCUAUGAUGGCAGGCAAAGCCCUAGGUGUCAUGUGGGCAAUGUCCAAAUAUGAAUUGGAGUCCAAACUAAAAGAAGUGUGUAAUCAGAUAUUAAAUGAUAAUACGGUUCCAACAAAAGAAAGACUCUUGAAAGCAAAGGGUUUACUGUUAAUGGCGGAUAAAUUCUCAAAGGCUAAGAGGUCACCGGAAGAGGCCGAGGAAGCGAGAGUUUUUGAAGAGCUAAUUUUAGGUGAACAGCAAAAGGAGAAGGAAAAGAAGAAAAAGAGAUCGAGAAUAUGA